AUGGCAUCCAAGUUAGUCGAUGAUCUGAGCUGUCCGCUCUGCCUGGACACCUUUAAAGAUCCCAACAUGCUGUCCUGCUGCCACAACUUCUGUAGAGUGAGUGUGGAGAAGAGCUGGAAGGAGAAGGAGGAGAAGGAGUGUCCUGUUUGUAAGAGGAGACACUCAAAGAGACUCAUGUUGAACUUUGCUCUAAAGAAUCUGUGUGAGAUUUUUCUACGGGAGAGAGAUCAGAGAUCUCCAGAGCCAGCAAAAGAUCUCUGCAGUCUGCAUAAUGGUGAUGAACUCUUCUGUCUGGACCAUCAGGAGCCGGUGUGUCUCGUCUGCAGAGAUUCAGAAAAACACUCCAACCCAUCCCAGCCCAGACCCAUGGAUGAAGCUACAGAAGAACACAAGAAGAAACUUGAGGAAACUCUGCAGCCCUUAAAGGAGAGGUUAGAGGAUCUAGAAGAUGUUAAAGUGGAGUUUGGUCUAACUCUGGACCACAUGGAGGUCCAGGCCCGACACACAGAGAGGCAGAUUAAGGAGCAGUUUAAGAAGCUUCACCAGUUUCUAGCAGAGGAAGAGGAGGCCAGGCUGCGUGCACUGAGGGAGGAAGAGGAGCAGAAGAGACAGAGGAUGAAGGAGCAGAUGGAGGCUCUGAGAGCACAGAUAGCAGAUCUUUCACACACAGUCAGAGACACAGAGGACCAGCUGACGGCCCAAGACGUCUCCUUCCUGAAAAACUACAAGACUGCAGUGGAAAGAGUCCAGCAGCGCCCCCUGCUGGAGGAUCCACAGCUGCCCUCAGGAGCUCUGAUAGACCAGGCCAAACACCUGGGCAACCUGGGUUUCAACAUCUGGACCAAGAUGAAGGACCUGGUCUCCUACACGCCUGUCAUUCUGGACCCAAACACUGCUCAUCCAGACCUCAUCCUGUCUGAUGAUCUGACCGCUGUGAGAGGAGGAGAGAGACAGCAGCUUCCUGAUAAUCCAGAGAGGUUUGAUUAUUCCUGCUCUGUCCUGGGCUCUGAGGGCUUUAACUCAAGGACUCACAGCUGGGACGUCCUGGUUGAAGACAGUACAGACUGGGUACUGGGAGUGUUGGCAGAGUCUGGACAGAGGAAGGGAGAGGAAGAGACUUGA